AUGAGUCCGCUGCCAUCAAGGGCAUAUAUUCUAUUCCAAGCUUCCUUAAGAUCCACGGGUAGCCUCCAGCAGCCAUUUUUUGUGGGAAAGAGAGACCUGAGUCCAGGAGGCCACGAAACCCCAAAAGAUGCCGAGUUCUGGGGUCAGCGAAUGACGCAACGCGGCGCUUGCGAAGGCGUCGCUGAGGUCAGAGCGCGACCGUCGAGCCUGGCACGAGGUCAGGCAGGGCCCACCUUCCCUAUCCCCCCCCCCCCUCGCCCUUUCCCAACCAGCAAGCGGCCUUGGAUUAUAUACAAGAGGACCAGGUCGGCGUGCGUUGCGCAAGAGCGUCGAUGUGGUUUGAAAAGCAAAAGCUGGUAG